AUUUUGAAGCUAUGCGAAGUGGUAUGCACGUGAUGAUGGCUAGAGCAUUCAAUCCAUUAAAAUAUCCUGACAUAUGUUACCGCUUUACCCAAGACUAUAAAGAAACAAUAAAAUGUAAGGAUAUUAUACGAUCGCGAUCGGUAACCACAAAAAUUAUUUCCGAAAAACGCAAAGAAGCUGAAAAUACAAAUCAUAAAAACGUACUUGAUUCCAAAUCUGUUAUCAGAAAUGAAUUUAAAAAACCAUUAUUGGAAUAUUUGAUUGAUUUUUCAAAACAAAAUCCAGAAUUUACGGAGGAAGAACUUGCAGACGAAGUAAAUUUUAUGGCAGUUGCAGCUUUUGACUCACUCGCAAAAACCUUGAGUAUGACCGUUGUAAUUUUGGCUUUAUAUAAAGAUGUACAGAAACGAGUGUGUGACGAAUUGUUUCAAGUAAUUAAGGAAUCGAAUCGAGAGGAACUCGAUUUUGAUGAUUUAUCAGAAUUAAAAUACAUGGAAAUGGUUAUCAAAGAAAUAAUGAGAUUAUUUCCUGCCGUAUCAAUAAUUGCUAGAGAAUUAACAGAAGAUAUUCAUAUUGAAAAUUAUACAAUUCCAAAAGGAGCGAAUGUUGCUAUUCCAAUAUAUUGCUUGCAUCGAAACGAAAAAUAUUGGAAAAAUCCAUUAAAAUUUGAUCCGGAGCGUUUUUUAUCAGAAAAUGCAGAAAAACAACAUCCAUAUGCGUUUAUACCGUUUAGUGCAGGUUCUAGACAAUGUCUUGGUUAUCGAUAUGCAUGGAUUUUUAUGAAAUUAACAUUAGCCAAAUUAUUGAGCCGAUAUGAAUUUCACACCAGUAUAAAAGAUUUGAAUGAAAUAAGAAUUGAACUUGAAAUGACACUUGGAAUCAUAGAUGGAGCUCCAGUUCGUAUUACACCACGUCAAAAAUGA